AUGUUCAACUUCCCCACCACCACCACUUCGAAGAGCCACUCCGGGUCCCUGGCUGAUGCCCGGUUCAGCCGUACCCAACCUCCUGAUACUUCACUAAAGGCAAUGAUUCUGCCGGCACCCCCUCGUCUCCCUCUUCCUCAAGGUCUCCUGAGUUCAGGCCCAGGCAGCUUUUCAGAAAGCGUGUCUAGAAGUUGCGCCUUCCUCGGGCAAGACGAGAAUAUUAAGAUGGCGACAACACCAAAAUCGCGCAACGCUCGACGAAGUGUUGCUGUCGCUAGUACCCUCACGCGGAGUCCCGCCAUCCGCCAUGCCUAUACUUCCUCCUCCUCCUCAAAUACAUCAUCUUCGUCGUCAUCAUCAGCAUUUUCUAGUUCAUCCCAAAGCUCGCAAAUGUCUGCAACCUCAUCCUUGGGCAGUUCCUCAACAAGCAAGAGCGUUCGACAAGAACGACGAAAGGGGGCCCAUUUCACUAAAAUCGUCAUUUCACGCGAGGACCGAAAGGAGGACUGCUUCUUGUACGCAGCGAGACGACCUGCAUCGUCAUCGUCGCUCUCUGAGGACUUCUUCAAAUUCGACUCGGCAAAGGGACUCGAGUUACCACGAAACUUGUCAUCGGUCCGUAUGACUCGGAAUAACGUACCUCAGGUGGUCUCACUGGAUCAUACACGGCAUGUUAGUCACCGUGCCGACAUUUGCGAAGGGAAAGUGCCCCCAUCACCCGCGGUCACGGUCUUUUCCAAUGAAUACGAGGAAGAUGUCGAAGGUGAUGAAGAAGCCUUAGAGGACGAUGAGAGCCACUAUGGCUACCCACGCCCAUCUUCAUCUAUGUCGACUCGAAGUGAUCCGUUCGAGUUCUCUGCGUACCUGUCUCAGCCGGCGUCUCGAGAUACGGGGCGUUCUCUCUCUAGGGCCUCGUCAGUCACUAUCCGGCCAACAAAAAGGGAUUCCGUUGUAAUCAGGAGUGAACACAAUUCUCCUUCACUUCCGCCUCCUACCCCCUCAAUCCCAACUCCUCGGCUUGGCCCUCCUAACAGCGUACUUGAGGCUUUACGUGCUCUCAAGUCCAUCCAAUCCAGGCCAACAUUUCUUUUCAAUGUGGACCCCGAGGACGUGGACGAUGAAAGCCCAUCAUACAAUCACUGGCCGACAGUUGAUCCUUCUCAAGUCGGUAUUGCGCUUUGA